AUGCGGGGCGCGACGCGGGCGGCUGGGGGGCGCGCGGGGCAGCUGUGGCCGAGGCCCCCCGCCCCGGGCCCUGGACCGCCGCCGCUGUUGCUGCUGCUGGCCGUGCUACUGGGCGGCGCGGGCGCGCAGUACUCGAGCGACCUGUGCAGCUGGAAGGGGAGCGGGCUGACGCACGAGGCCCACAGGAAGGAGGUGGAGCAAGUUUACCUGCGCUGCUCGGCGGGCACCGUGGAGUGGAUGUACCCGACCGGGGCGCUCAUCGUGAACCUGCGCCCCAACACCUUCUCGCCCUCCCGGCACCUGACUCUGUGCAUCAAGCCCCUCAGGGGAUCCUCGGGGGCCAAUAUUUAUUUGGAAAAGACUGGAGAGCUGAAACUGCUGGUGCGGGACGGGGACCUCGGGCCCGGCCAGGCGCCGUGCUUCGGCUUCGAGCAGGGGGGCCUGUUCGUGGAGGCGACGCCACAGCAAGACAUCAGCAGGAGGACCACGGGCUUCCAGUACGAGCUGACCAGCAGGCGCGCGGGGCCGGACCUGCACGCCCUGUCGGCCCCGUGUCGCCCUUGCAGCCACACAGAGGUUCUCUUGGCCGUCUGCACCAGCGACUUUGUCGUCCGAGGCUCCAUCCAGAAAGUUAUCCACGAGCCGGAGCGGCAGGAGUCGGCCAUCCACCUGAACGUGAGCCGGCUCUACCGGCAGAAGAGCAGGGUGUUCCGGCCAGCCCCCGAGGGCGAGGGUGGAGGCUGGCGGGGGCGCGUCUCCACGCUGCUGGAGUGCGGCGUCCGGCCCGGGCACGGCGAGUUUCUCUUCACCGGCCACAUGCACUUUGGGGAGGCCUGGCUCGGCUGCGCCCCACGCUUCAAGGAUUUCCAAAGGAUGUACAGGGACGCUGAGGAGAGGGGGAUGAACCCCUGCGAGAUGGGCACGGAGUGA